AGUGGUAUUUUUGGCACCGUUUACAUGAUGAUUGCUGCAUAUUUUUUACGCCAUCAAAUCAUCGUCAUUUUUGACAAACUAUCAGAGAUCUACGAUUCAUAUCAAAAUGACGACACGUUCCAUUCUGUGGUGCGAGUCAACGAGCAAAGCGAAUGGCUGUGGAAAAUGUAUUUCAUAUUUGUAUUGGGUGGCUUCGUAGUGAAUUCAUUGCUUUUGGUGCUCAUUUCGAUUUUAUAUUGCUGGUUUGUAAAUGGAUACCUUGAUGUGACAUCCUUUCAUCGGACAUACAAAACGGUCUUGCCAUGGGAUCAGGAAACUUUAAUGGGCUUCGGUUUUGCGACCUGCUUCGAUCUCUUUGGCGCUGAUUCGUACUUCAUUUCCAAUGGAUCGCUCCUUUUGCUGUUCAUCUCAAUGUGUUUGCAUCACGAGGCAUUUCUUAAAAGGUUCCAACAAGAAAUGUCCAAAUUUGAUCAUACUCUUGAGAAUACGAAACACAGGGAUAUUCUUUGUAAGCUGGUUCGCUUCCAUAUUAUCACUAAAGAAUGGUUUCUACAAUCAGCUGAUACUUAUCGUCACUUUGUUCUCGUUCAACUAAUAAGUAGCGUGAUUUUCCUUGCUUGCAUCGUGUUUCAAUUGGAUUUGCAAUCAAAGCAUCCCAGCGUAAACUUAGUUCUGAUGCUUUUUGGAGUUUUUGUUAGCGGUACGAAUCUCUUUGUCUAUUGUUUCUUUGGCAAAUUGGCCACUGAAAGCUAUACCAAAAUUGCCGAUUGUUUGUAUGAGGCCAACUGGCGUGAAGUCUCUAUCGAUUUGCAGAAAUAUAUCAUCGUUAUGAUCCAAAAUGCUCAACGUCCACUGUAUUAUCAUGGAUUUGGUAUAGCUGUUUUAAAUCUGGAGACAUUUUGUGGGCUUCUUCAAAAAGUAGCUACUUUUUAUAUGGCAUUUAAAACGUUCACCGAGUAAACACACGGAAUGAUACAGUUCUAGCUCUCGCUCUUAAAAGAGAUAAAAUUAUUCGCAGUUAAAGCAUUUACUUAAUAAGAGUAGAUUAAAAUUGUUUGAGAAAUUAGUCACAUUUUAUUGUUAAAAAUCGUUCUGCGAUUUGCAUCGUCAUCAACACGAACAAGAACCAGUGUUUUCAUCACGGAAAAAAAUUAAAUGUGUUUCACGUCUGGCAUGCACUGUAUGUAUUCCUGUGUAUUCGAGUGUCUCGUGUCAUACACAAGCGCCAUCUCAAUUCCUUCGGGCUCA